CUGAGACCGCUGCGCCACUCGGGAGCCACUUGGAAUCCCCGAGCCGACCUGGACGGUGAUGGCAGAUCCAGCCUGUCUAACUCGUGUCCCACUCGACCUAAACCCACACAGUCACCAGUUCCUGUCAGGAACCACAGGAACCAGAGAACACUGCAGGGCCCCAAGCUGCUAGAAGUUGACUGGGAUUCUCUUUUUAAAGAGAGACAACCUCCACCAGGAGCAGCUAAACAACACCUGGAGAAUCAGCAGAAACCCAAGACAUUUCAUGCCUGUCCAGUGUGUGGAAGACACUGCCAAAAGUUAUCCAUCCUGCAGAUCCACAUGAGAAUCCACACGGGAGAGAAGCCGUACCCCUGCCCCGACUGUGGCAAGAAGUUCGCUCACCUGGGAGCCAUGAGACGACACCACCUCACACACACGGGAGAGAAGCCUUACUCCUGCUCUGUGUGUGGGAAGAGUUUCACCCAAUCAGGACAUCUGAAAGAGCACCAACAGUCUCACUCCGGAGAGAAGCACCACUGUCUGAUCUGUCUGAAACAGUAUAUCAGAGCAGAAGAUCUGAAGAUUCACCACAGAGUUCACACGGGAGAAAGGCCCUACCGCUGUGCAGAGUGUGGCAAGAGCUACAUCAGGUCAAAGAAUCUCCGGGCUCACAAGCUGACUCACCAGAGGACAGGAGGUGGUGGUAAAAGUGACAGGGAGAUGGCAGCUACUAUCCAGGUGAAAGUGAAGGAGGAGGAAGAAGAGGAAGAGGUUGGUGGUUUCAUCAAUGCCGAAGGAGAGGAGGAAGAGGAGGUUGGUGGUUUCAUUAAUGCUGACGGAGAGGAAGUUGGCUGGAGUUUCCCUGAUCUCAGUGAAAGUCCUGUCCAUGACUCUGGUAGUGAAGGAGGAAGUCCCCUACAUCACACACCAACAAG